GGCGCUGAUUGGCUGACGCUCACGUCCAGUCUUCGCGCAGCUUGUUGGCCGGUCGGCGCACGGUGACAAUACGGCGAGAUGGUGCUGGAGAGUACUAUGGUCUGUGUGGACAACAGUGAAUAUAUGAGGAAUGGCGACUUCCUUCCGACGCGGCUCCAGGCGCAGCAAGACGCCGUCAACAUCGUGUGUCACUCCAAGACGCGGAGUAACCCCGAAAACAACGUGGGGCUCAUCACCCUCGCCAAUAAUUGCGAGGUGCUCACCACCCUCACCCCGGACACCGGCAGAAUCCUGUCCAAGCUUCACUCGGUCCAGCCGGUGGGUAAGAUCAGCUUCUGCACCGGGAUCCGCAUUGCACACCUCGCUCUGAAGCACCGCCAGGGGAAGAACCAUAAAAUGAGGAUCAUCGCCUUUGUGGGCAGCCCGGUGGAGGACAAUGAGAAGGACUUGGUGAAGAUGGCGAAGCGGCUGAAGAAAGAGAAGGUCAGCGUAGACAUCAUCAACUUUGGCGAGGAGGAAUCCAACACCGAGAAGCUGACGGCAUUCAUCAACACGCUGAACGGGAAGGAUGGCACAGGGUCACAUCUGGUCACUGUACCCCCAGGGCCCAGCCUGGCAGACGCCCUCAUCAGUUCCCCCAUCCUGGCUGGAGAAGGCGGUGCCAUGCUCGGACUGGGUGCCAGUGACUUUGAGUUUGGGGUAGAUCCCAGCGCUGACCCAGAACUGGCUCUGGCGCUGCGUGUGUCCAUGGAGGAACAGCGACAGCGGCAGGAAGAGGAGGCCAGGCGGGCAGCCGCUGCAUCUGCCGCCGAGGCCGGGAUUACCUCCACAGCGGGAGAUGAUUCAGAUGAGGCUUUGCUCAAGAUGACAAUUGGGCAGCAAGAAGGAGGCCGCAGCGGACUGCCCGAUUUCAGCAGCAUGACCGAGGACGAGCAGAUCGCAUAUGCCAUGCAGAUGUCCUUACAAGGAGCAGAGUUCAGCCAGGCAGAAUCGGGCGAUCUAGAAAGCAGCGCCAUGGAGAUCCCAGAACCCGCAAAGGAGGAGGACGAUUACGAUGUCAUGCAGGACCCCGAAUUCCUGCAGAGUGUCCUGGAGAACCUGCCGGGCGUGGACCCCAACAAUGAAGCCAUCCGCAACGCCAUGGGCUCCCUGGCCUCCCAGGCCACCAAAGACAGCAAGAAGGACAAGAAGGAGGAAGAGAAGAAGUAACCGGGCCCCUGAAGGAUGUGGGGGCCCUGUGGGGUGUGGGGGUCUAGUACUUAAUGAAUUGCCAUGCACUGUGUAGAUGGGUGACCCCUAUGCGGAGCAGGGAUGGUGGGGGUUAACCACAUGGCGGCAGCAGCCUCUCUCCCAGGUGCGCUGCGGGUGUUGUGCACGGGCCCCUCAUGUAUGUGGCUUGUGUUGUGCACGGGGCCCCUCUGAGCGGCGUGUGCACAGGUGGAU